AUGGUGUCCUUUUCGUGUGAGAACUGUGGUGAUGUCUUGACCAAGAAGAAGCUCGAUCCCCACAGGAACCGUUGUCGAGGUGCUACCUUCACCUGCAUCGAUUGCAUGGUCUACUUCCCUGGCACUGAAUAUCGCAUCCACACGAGUUGUAUGAGCGAGGCCCAGAAAUACCAAGGUGCUCUUUACAAGGAAAAGAACAACAACAAGAAGACCAAGACGAACAACAACCAGGCAUUUGCCCCCGAACACGACAUGGCUCAACACGCAUACGUCGAGGACGUUCCCGACGCCGAGUUCGAAUCUUUCCCCUACGAGGCCAGCGAUAAUGGCAACUCGCCCGCCGACCUUCUCCCUGAAGCACCAACACCUCCCUCGGCGAACGAGGGGCACGUCAACGUAUUCGACUUUCUCGACGCCUCGGCAACGCCAAAUGCGUCUGCGCUAGGAACGAAGGAGCCGACCGAGGAGACACAGCUGGUGCGCUAUGAGUACGAUGCCGAGGCCUACUUGGACGACGAAGGGGCAAUGGUCGAUGAAGACCCCACCGCCCUCGUGCAGUACGGCACUGGAUCCAUUCCCCUAGGCUUCGAGACUCCGGCCCCGAAGCAUGAGCGAAGAAGGAAGGAUGGAAGUGAGAAGAAGGAUAAGAAGCGCAAGCGUCUCCACGUCGACACCGACCAAAUGAUGGUGGACGCACCUCCCACUGCCUUGACUCACUCCGGCCUUACGGGUGGUCUGAACCGCAUGAUGCGCCCCGUCUUUCCCCCGUCGCCAGACUACUCCGGAGGUGACGUCGCCGACCCGUCAGCGGCUAGCCCGCUCAAGAAGACCAAGUCCUACAAGCACAAGAAGGAGAGUGGUAUUGGCAGCAACCUCAUGGGUCUGUUGAACAUGACCGGCACCAAGUCCAAGACCAAGAAGCGCAAGGUCACCUCGUCCACCAAGAAGCACUCAUCCAGUCGUCACCGAUCAGAGGGCGAGAAAGCUCCCAAAUUAAUCGAGUACCGCCCCGGUUCCCGCGAUAGCAAGAAGGGCGAGGAUGGUGAUGACGAGGGUCAAAUGGUCGUCUACCGCCCCCGCGCUGAUUUAUUCCUGUCCUUUAUCAACAAGGGCCCCGAGAGUGAGCGGGGGUGCAGCAUGAACAAGGCCCUCAAGCGCUUCCACCGCGAGCGCAGUUCCUCCGGGGACAGCCUUGGCAAGCUCUCGGAAGAGAAGGAGCUGUGGCGCUCGCUGCGCAUGAGGCGCAACGAGCGCGGCGAGAUUGUACUCUUUCAGGCCUGA